CAACUUCUCAAGUGAAGAAGACGGUUUCACGUGCGUCUGGGGAGCUUGAGCCUUGAGCUAAGUAAGUAAGCUUUCCCCGCCAAAGACCGACGAUCUGCCCAGACAUCCAGUUACCAGGUCAAAGAGAUCAACAAGAUCAUCGAGAUCAUCAGGCCUUUAAGCUAUCUCAGGAGACGUUGUCUUUUGUGACCGAUCUCACCCCUCCUGGUGUAACUCAAGUCAUCGUCUGUUGCUUCUCUACAGUCAACGACGUGCUGCGGGAAGCUCUGCCUUGUCAGAUUUGAAGGACAUCCACCACGAUGGCGUCCUUGAUUCCUCUUGCUGAGAUUCCAACCAUUUCUCUCCUAUACAGGCUCAAGCAUCUGGUUCCUGCAUCAUCUACUACGGCCACACCAUCUCAGGCCUUUAAUGACACCAUCAGCUUAAUCCGUCACGAUAUCACGAAGCUGCAGGUGGAUUGCAUUGUCAAUGCCGCCAAUGAAUCCCUUCUCGGUGGCGGAGGAGUGGAUGGCGCUAUCCACCGCGCUGCAGGUCCCGAGUUGCUUCGCGAGUGUCGGACACUGAACGGCUGCGCGACGGGCGAUGCGAAGAUCACGAGUGCCUACCGUCUUCCUUGCAAGAAAGUCAUUCAUGCGGUCGGCCCGAUUUAUCAGUAUGAAAAGAGCAAGGGAGGUAACAGACACGAGAUUCUGCUCCGUAACUGCUACCGUCGUAGCUUGGAGUUGGCUGUGGAGAGUGGGAUGAAGAGCAUCGCCUUCUCAGCAUUGAGUACCGGUGUCUACGGAUACCCCAGUGAAGAAGCAGCGCUUGCAGCCGUCGACGAGGUCCGCAGUUUCUUGCAAGAAUCGGACAACCUCGAGAAACUGGAUCGUGUUGUUUUCUGCUGCUUUCUGGAGAAAGACGAACGGGCCUACGAAAGAGUGAUACCUCGUCUCUUCCCUCCGACUAGUCAGGACCUGUCUCCUUCCUCGAAGCAGUCGGAAUCUCAGCCACAAGCACAGGGUGAGUCUUCGCCAUCUUCUGAGACGCUUGCUGCCCAGCUCCCAGACCCGCCCACCGAGGAGCCUACACUGGACGGACAGCCGGAGGCUAAGAAGCAGAAGGUUGACUUGGAUGAUCCAAUCCAUCGCGUUAUUGUCAGAGAUGAUGAGAAAAGUGAGGACGAUUGGGAGGAGGUUGACAAAGCGGAUGGUGGACCGGUGGAAAGGUUGGACGAUGAACCAGUCGAGGUCGGCCAGGCUUCAUCUGUUGCGGACGUACAGAGCGUUCAGUCAAGCGGGAUUAUAGACCUUGAUGAAUCACAACACUCUGUACAAAGCAUCCUGGACAAGGACUGGUAAUUUAUUUGCCCUACUUCCCAGCAGUUUCACGCAGCGAGAUGAUGACAUGCUGUACCUUUCGACUUCCUGAUGGUUGGUUGGCUAGGCGUUAUCUGGUUUGAGCGAUGGUACCUAUUUAACACGAUGGCGUCCCCCUUGGCAAACCGCCUUUCUUUUAUUUGCUUCAAUUAGCUCUAGAUAUUAAAUGGACGAUUAAUAUCUUUCUCUGUUGAUUGUAAUUCGAAUAUUGCGCAUUACUCUCCCUCCAAUCUAUAGCAAACUCCUACUUUUCCAG